GUGGAAGGUGAGAAGCAUUUUCUCCUCUUCGACCCUCGUGCAGCAGAGGGGCUUUAUGCCUUCCCCGUCUCACAUCCCUAUGACGAGUACGCCAUGGUUGACCUGCAGAACGUGGACACGAAGAGCUUCCCUCUUGCAAGAAAUGUGCUCGAGAAGCGGGGCGCGGUUGCCACCUUGAGGCCGGGAGAGGCGCUUUUCAUUCCCACGCACUGGUGGCACCAUGUCCAGGGCACCGCUGCGUGUGGCUCUUGGAGCAUCAGCGUGAAUUUCUGGUUUGCCAUUCACAAGGUGUUAAUGGAGUCCCCACAUCCAUUCCCGCAGCACUUGGAGCUGGAGCUAGCACGGCAUGUGGAACUGCUGCUAUCUGAUGUGGGCGGAAGUGCCUCUGUCGGUGUCCUGGCGAGAGACCUGCGUAAGGAUGCUGAGAACGCGGAGCCCAAGGAUAUGGAUGAGGCCUUCUUUGCCGUGCGGCUCUUUCUUCUCGACCGCUUGGCAGCUCUCCUGGGAGCGGGCAAC